AUGCGCUACCCGCGACCGACAUCCUCGCAGAAGGGCGAUGUGGUCCGUGAUGCGCGUAGCAGCAAUACCCCCACCCCGCUCUCCUUGGACGUGCCGUCGCCGGAGCACGCGUGGGCAAGCGUGGAGCUGACCCACACACUGGACGGCACGCCUGUGGGAGGAGAGGGAGGCGCGGCGUUGGGGGCGGCGAGGACGUCCGCCGUCUUUUCCUUUCCCUUCAAUGCCACUGCGGGUCGCCCCCUGCCGUCCUUCGCGCCGCUUCUCCCGACGCGGCGAACUCCGCUGUGGGCGGAUGCGACGAGCACCGAUGGCAGUGCGCACCGGCCGAAGCAGAAGAUGGGCAACGACGCCGCAGCAACAGCACAGCCUGCGUCCGGAGCAGCAACUCAAGGCUGUGGCGAGGGUCAUGAAGGCGGUGGCGCCGCUUCUCCUCCUGGGGACCGGAGUGUUCAACUCAGCCAGUGGGCCGUAUCUCCUUUGAACAGUCCGCUCUCCAUCCCCCCCGUCGCGGCAAGCGCCAGCAGCCGAAGCAGGCGCCGAUUCGAAGACCCGACGCCGCUGGCGCAGCGGCUGGAAUCACCGGUGGGCCCCUCUUUCACCGACCUCUUUGUCGGCUUGGAGAGGCCGCGCCUGCGUGGUCGCCGACCGCGGGAGGGGGUUCAGCGCCGCGCCCACCACCGUCGCACCCAUGCAGACGGCGUCUUCGAUGUAGAUGCGCAGGCGCCCUUUCUCUCCUUGUCGGCCCUAUCGCUGCAUCCGACAUGCUCCACCAGCCACUGUGACGGCGCCUUCUCCGACGCGGACGACAUCGACGACGACAGUCAUGUGAACACUAACAAAGGCGAAGGCGAGGUGAACACCCCUACCGUCUAUCGCAGCCCCCAGUUACCGCACUGGUGGCGCAGCAUCGCGACCCCGGUACCAGGGGCUCGCGUGUCUCUCAGGCCGGACACGUGCCGCGUCGAGUUUUGGUGGAUGGACCGACUCGGGUUCGAAGCGCACGAGAUUGUCCGCGUCGUCCUCAGGCACUCCCUCGAGGGGGUCGUGCUGCGCCGCAGCGGCGAGACGGCUGUUGUGGUGGAGUUUCGAAUUCUGCCGAAGCUAUUAAAAUCUACCAGCUACGCUGUCGCGCGGCGAUCGCGCGAGCAGCGCGACGCGUCGCCAAGCCUGGCGGCAGAUGCCGACACGAGCGAGUCUCCCAGUAUGCCCUUCACGGAUAGCGUGCGCUCUCUCACCCCAACUGUCUUUCUCACCGUCUCCCAGCCGGUCGACGCGGCGGAUUGGGGGAACCAACGCAUACCCCGUAGUAACCACGGUAGCCGCGCCGUCGGAAUAUCGUCUCUCGAUGUGCGUCUGCAGCUGCAGGAGCUAGUCCAAGCCGACAGCAGCGGCAAAGCAGACUGCAGCCAGAGAGAGUCUGGGGAACCGGUGACCAGUACGGCCAACGGCACCACCAUAACCGCGGCAACAACGGUCGCGACAACCAUAACGGCGACUAUAGGGUCAAUAGGCGGCCAGCUCGCAUCGCCAUCGAGCUUUCCUCUGUCGCCGCAGCGUCCCAUCAGGGAGUCCGUCUCUGACGGCAGGGAUGAGAGCACCCCCUCCACGCAGGUAUCUGUGCGCUCACCAUCCCCGCGCUCCCCUCUCUCCCAUCUCCAGCAGUCGGUGGCGACGGGGCCCUCCUCCACCCUCUCGCCCAGCCCGCAGCCCUCCCUCUCCUUCGCAGUCGGCAGCAUCCCGGUCACAGUGGCCGGCCGGUCGGCAGAUUCAUUAGCGGAGCAAGACCCUCAAUGGCCGGUGCUGGCUCGUGUGCUCGGCACCACCACUACUCAGCACCCGCACCACCAGUCGCUGCGCCUGCCCGUCGUGCAAACAUCCCCGCAAACCGGCGCGGUGGCGGCGGCGAAGGCUGCCGAGAGCAUGAGCGGACAUAGUGAGGCAGUGGUCGAUGCGUCCGCGACGAAUGGCGGCGGAGGCGGCGGGGGUGAGGGCGCCCGCUCCCUGGCGCCUACGAGCGUAAAAGCGAACACCAACGGCAGCUCCACCAGCGUCCUCCCGGUGGCCAUCCCGUCCGUGCGGCGCCUCAUCCAAGAGAACCGCCCCACGACGAAGCUGGAUUCGGUGCACGACACGGGCAUCAUUGGCGGGGCCGAUGGCGACGUGGCCAGCGUGGAACCGACGUCGUCCAUGGGCAGUCAAGGCACCCUAUGCUACCCGUCUCCCUGGGGCUCCUCUCCGCAGCGGCAGUUGCCGUGCGCCAAACUGCCUCCUAGCGUCAAGGUGAGCUCAAUGACCGCGAACGGCACGGGAUCGGGGCGCUCGCGCAGCCGUAUCCUGAACAACCACAGCAGCGGCGUCGUCACUGCCGGUGGCGGUGAUGCUGACCUGUCUCGCAUCUCGGAGGAGGGAAAGUUCCUCGUCCACGUCGAGCCGCACCACAAUUUGAGGAACGUCGGCGUGAAUCAACGGAGAAAUGGCGGCGCCGUCGUCGCUUCACCUGCCGCACCCGCGUUCAAUCCGCUGCCUACCGCCAGCGGUCACCCCACCCAGGCGCUGCCCGGCAACUCAAACAGUGACUGCCAGCACGGCAGCCAGGGAUCGCACCAACCGCACCCGUGGACUGAAGGGCGACAGCUGUCCCCAGCGCGACCUCACCACCAGCAUACACUGACCAGCCCCAUCACCGUCGCCAACUUGUACCCCGACACAACAGAGAAGGUUGUGGCUGCUGCUGCAGAGGCUGCGCGCUUGGAGGACGCCAUUGUUCCGACUACAACAGCGGCAGCAGCUCCCUCGCAGCAGCAGCAGCAGCAGCAACCAGCGGUUUUGGGUACGCCACAGCACACUAUGGACGAAGACGACGACUCCGUUGUGGCGAUCCUCACGCUGCCGAUCUCUGUGUGCACGCCGAUCGUCGUGGCGCGCCUCCAGGCGAUGCGUAUCCUGCAUCCCCUUUUGCCUGCCAUCACCGCCCUGCACGGCCCCGCCUUCUCGGCCACCAUAUCUGGUGAUCACCCCAACUCCGAUAGCACGGAUACAGACAGCAACGAGGAGGCGCUGCUCACCGCACCGCAGCUGUCGAACGCGACGCCGCAGUCUUCGCCCGCGGGGGAUGCGCAGGGCCCCGACUACGCUGACGCUAUUCGCCUCCUCAGCGAAGCGAUCGAACUGGUUACGAAAGAGCAGAGCGCCAAGGAGGCGCCGCCGUCGAUGACGGGCACCCCAGACGACUACGCGCCGACGCGUGCCCGCGAUCUUUCUAUCCUGUACACAGUCCGCAGCCACCUCCUCUUCCACGCCUCGCCGACGUGCCUCCGCGACAGUCUUCAAGAUGCCGAGGCGGCACUGCGGUGCUGCCCCGCCAGGGAUCACAUCAACCCCACCUACGAGGUACUCGCCGCAAACCUGGUCAGCUUCGGCUACGUAUCCCAGUUGGAGGGCCUGGCCGGGCACUUGCGGCACCGCUGGCGUGCCGCAUCGCCGCUUCUUCUCCGUCUUGGUCGCGUCACACAGGUGAUGGUGUCGUACGCGUCCAUUUUUCUGCGCCAGCAGCUUCCAUCAUCCACGGUGCACCCGUGCGCCGGUGGCAGUGCGGACAUGAUGCUGCCCAGCAACACCAGCGACACCGUCAUGGGAACCCCAUCGCUCACGGCCAUGUCCCUCUCGCCCCAGUCGACCCCGCUACCGCCGAAGCACAUCACCUCCUAUCCCCGUCACCGUGGCGACGAGCGCUCGUCGCGUCCUGAGGCAACUGCCACCACCGCCACCCCCAACACGCUCCUCCAGCCGCACACGCUGCCGUACGAGGUCUGUCCGCUCCCUUUGGGCCGCUACGGCAGAACCCUGCACAACCUCGACGAGGCGCCGCGGCAGUCGUCGCCGGUACCGGCGUCGCCUCAGUCCCUCCCCACCGCAGGCGUCGACAGCACCAGCGCAGACUCGAUGCCGCACCAGCCCUCACAGCUUCGCGGUCCCCGUCCAUCCAGCCGUCCCUUCCGCCCUGGCACCGACGUGUGCCACCGCCGCCUAUUCCUCCUUGAGAUGCUCUUCCCCACCAUGAACCCACCGCCGGUGAGUCUGCUCCCGCUUCCCGUGUCGCACGGGUACGGUGGCGCGACAGGGCGACGAGGCUGGCAGCCGAACAGCACCAAGGCGACGAUCCGUGGCGGCAACGACAACGCCACCUCCUCCAACGUUGCCAUUGUCCCGAAAACCGAGACGACGCGGCGGGUGAGGGCGGAAGACUUCAUGUACGACCGGAACUCCAUGCUCACCCUCCUGGCCCCCACGGCCGACACGACGAUGGAGUGGGGCACGGUGCCGAUGUGCUACUUCUGCCGCCACAUCCGCCUCUCCGCCACGCGCCACAUUCAAAAAAAUGAGGCCAUCUUCGUGGAGCGCCCGGCCAUUCUGAUGCCCUUCUGGCCGCUGCUCCCGCCGCGAUCGGCGUCGGCGUCUACCGCUGCCACUGAGCCCCGUAGCAGCAGCGGGACCGGGGCUGGGGUGAGCGACAGGUCCGUCAGCAGUACGCUAGAACCGUCGUGCUGCGCGCAGUGUGGCCAACAACGGCUUGCGAAACCUGUGAACUGCCCUGGCGGCUGUCACUCCGUCUACUGUUCCGAGCAGUGCCGGCAACUGGCGCUGCGGCUGUAUCAUGUGGUGGAGUGUGGCGGCGUUCCACCAGACUCCAACAAAGCGGGCGUUCUCGAGCUCGGCGACGACGUAGGUGCCCGAGUGCGACGCACCGUGGCGGUCCUGCAGGACGUCUUCUCCGACUGGAAUAACUACUUGCACCACCUCGCUCGCUGGGAUACCCCGAGCACCCGCCUCACAGCUCAGCACGCCGCGUGCUCGCCAGUGAUGACCCCCGAUGCGUCACCCGUGUCGUCAUCGCGGGUAGGUGAAAUGCCUGGACAUGACGCAUCCCAGCAGCAGCAGCAGCAGUCCAGCGGUUCGAACGGUAAGGCGCCUGCGCAAGGGAAGCGGUGCUGCGCACCGCCACCAAUCGUGGCCGUCACGGCGAUGCGGGUGGUGGCGCGGCUUGAGGCGAUGAUUCUGAGUUUGGCUCUGCCGCUGGAGCUGCUACCGCAGAUGCAGAACCACCCGGCGUGGACAGCAGAGCGGCACGCGAUGAUGCGCGCCGUGGCUCGCACGCUGCGUCAACGCGGACUGAUGGUGCCGGCGUCAUCCACACGCGGCAUCAAUUUGUACUGCACGCAUGUGGACCCCCAGCGACUCUUGCUGCUCGAGGUGCUGUUGCAGGAGCUCUCCGUUCCCUUCUUUGCCGACUUCAACUACCGCGCUUCGUCCACUGUCUGGGAGAAGCUGAGUCGAAUUCCGUGCGAGGUGGCGCGCAGCUCUGACAAUGCGGUCGGCACGACCGGUCCUGAAAAGUCGGUGCCCAGCCCAGUGGACGACUCGGAACCGGGCAUUUUCCGCAGCCUGCCCCUCCCAUACACACCGUCCCCCGUGCCCGCCAAAGCGCAGCUGGAGGAGUUGCUCUGCGACUUGCACCGCAUGGUGCAUCGAGUCUACCAGGUUGUCGCGAAGGAGCUGGCCGACGUGCCGUCCAUCCCCCUCUGCGGCGCGGAGGCGGAGGAAGAGAACAGCCUCGAGUGGGGCCUCCCCGGUCGGUGGAACUGUGUCGAACUUCUCGGCUUCCUCAACAGUACGCGAGUGUGCCAGCAGAUCAGCGACUUUGCCUUGACAAGUUGGGCGGUGGUGUACCCGCGCGACAGAGAGCCGCCAAACGUCGCUGCCGCAACGGCGGCGGACAACCGGAGCAUGUCACAGGCCCGGUCUAUCUUCGUGGACGACGAUCGCCCACUGAACAUCCAUCCCCACCACCACUCCAACGAGAGCAGCACCAUCACGAACGAGUUCAGCCACGCGAACCCGAGCGACAUCUCCCACACGGUUGCGGUGCCACUCGUCGUGAUUAGUCCAUGGUCAUGCUUGACAGUGGACCUGCACCCGAUUCUGGGCAACACCCCCGGCGGCGUCAUACACUCUCGCUUCAUGAUCGAGCACGAGCAGCGGCGACGUAUGCUCGCCUACUGUGCAGCCGCAGCAGGGCGUCGCGGUGGCGACGGCAUCGGCGGGGGUAGCAUGGGCAACGAUUCUUUUCUCUCCGUCCACUCGGCAUCCUCGAUGUCGGCGGCAACGCUGCUCACCGGUGACGACUCUGCUCAGCCAGCGUCGUUGCGCGACGAUCUCAACCUUCAGCUGCUCGAGGAGGCUGCGCGGCGCAGCUGCUCCAACCUGCACAUCUCCCUCGUCUACACGCCAUCCAAAGAGCCCGCAGUGCUCGCCGUGGCAAAGGAGGACAUCACUCACGGGGACGUGCUGUGGUGGGAGUCACUGGCCUCCGGCGACUACCUUUCUGGGCUCCUGUAG